AUGAUGAGAAAUGGCUGACAGUUUUACAUAUGUUCGCACAGUCGAUGUCGGAGCAUUAAUUUUGCUGCAGCAUUCAGUAUUUCACUGCAGUAUUUUAAUUAAUUUGGAUGAAUGCGAUAUAAAAACUAUCAGUUAAAUAACAAAAAUGGAAUGCAGAUUAUGUGGUAGACUAUGGAAAAAAAAUAGCAAAAUUUCUUUUCAUACAAUUCCAAAAAAUCCUGUUCUUCGAAGACAAUGGCUUGAAGCAUGCAACAUAUGGGGAAAAUACUGUAAAAAGAAAUAUCAGCCUAAGAUAUCUUCAAUUAGAAUAUGCUCUGCGCAUUUUGAUUCCUUUUCCUUUACUCCAUCAAAAACUAACUGUCAACGUUUAUGUCUUAAACCCGAUGCUGUACCAAAAUUGGGGAUAUUUAAAGAAAAAUGCAUUCAAAGAAAAUCGAUUCAAGAUCAGAAGAAUACUGAAACAAAUUGGUAUCUGGAUAAAGUUUUUAAAGAUCAUUAUAUCACACAUCUCGAUGAGAUGAAUAACAAAAAAAGGGUAAUCGAAGAUGACAAGAACAGAAUGAUUCAAAGAACAGAUGGAUUCAAAAGAGGGUUGGAAGCGGACAAAAUUCUUGGUUCGGCAGAUGAUAACGGAGAAUUAAUGUAUUUGAUGCAAUGGAAAGGAACAGAUGCAAUCGACAUGGUACCUGCUAAAGAAGCCAAUGUAAAGUGUCCUCAAAUUGUUAUCCAAUUUUAUGAAGAUAGAUUAGCUUGGCACAAGACAAAACCAUGUGUAAAGUAGAUGUGCUUCCUCGAGAAAGAAUCAUGCACCAUCAUGUAAUAUAUUUAUUAAAAUUGAUUUUAUUCUAUGACAAUUAUAUAUAAAUAUUCUUUGUAAAAUUGCAAUGACUGCAUCUAUGUAUG